CUCAUUCACAACUCAUCAAUACUAUCAAAACUUAAGUAAAUAUAUCAUUAUGAGUAUCAUCAUGUCUUCAAAAUUACCAUUUUAUUUUCUUUCUGUUUCAGUAAUAGUUGCUCUCUUGCUGGCAACUACUGAACCAGUGACCUCUCAGAAAACAACUUCCUUCGACUUUCAAAAAUUCACCUCAGGUCAAUCUGAUUUAAUCAUGCAAGGUAGUACUGAGAUUUUUUCAAAUGGGAUAAUGGCACUCACCAACCCUUCUAAGCCUAAUAUUGGACGGGUGUUGUAUUCAAAUCCAGUGCCUAUUUGGGAUAGUACUACUGGACAUGUUGCUAGCUUCGUCGCUUCCUUCUCCUUCACGGUUGAGGACAUUCAAGAUUAUAAUAAAGCCGAUGGAGUCAUCUUCUUUCUUGCACCACAAGAUACCGUCAUUCCUCCCAACUCUGGAGGUUCAAAUCUCGGAGUAGUUGAUGCGCAAAAUGCUUUCAAUCAAUUUGUUGGUGUAGAGUUUGACUCUUAUGCCAAUCAGUAUGAUCCCAAGUAUCCACAUAUUGGAAUUGAUGUUAACUCUGUAAUUUCCUCCAGGACAACACCAUGGAACAGGGUGAGUGGGUCAUUAGUCAAAGUAAGUAUAAUUUAUGACUCUCUAUCUAACACAUUGAGUGUUGCUGCCACUGACAACAAUGGUCAAAUUUCAACUGUUGCUCAUGCUGUUGAUUUGAAAGCUGUUCUCCCACAGAACGUUAGGGUUGGUUUAUCUGCAACAGUUACAUCUGGCGGCCGCCAAUUGCAAAACAUUCAUUCGUGGUCUUUCACUUCUACCUUGGCAUGAUUGGACUUCUACGUUAUGUAUGCAUGCAUGGAGAUUGUGAUAAUAACUAGUAUGGCUAGCUAAACAAAAGACCAUACUAGAUUGUGAUAAUAACUAGUAUGGCUAAACAAAAGUCCAUAUUAGAUUGUGAUAAUAACUAGUAUGGCUAAACAAAAGUCCAUAUUAGAUUGUGAUAAUAACUAGUAUGGCUAAACAAAAGUCCAUAUUAGAUUGUGAUAAUAACUAGUAUGGCUAAACAAAAGUCCAUACUAGAUUGUGAAUUUGUGAUGAUAACUAGUAUGUCUAAACUAGAUUGGAUUGUGAUAAUAACUAGUAUGGCUAAACAAAAGACCAUACUUGAAUCAUGUAUAUGUUUCGGUUUUUCUAUAAAUAAAGUCCAUGCUUAACCUAAUGUUACCUAAA